UGUGGCAUAUUAAUCUUAAGGACUAGCUACUCAUUUUCAGCAUGGGGAUAUUUAUUAAUCUACUCCUGACUUUAUGCACACUGCAUCUGUUUACCAGUUUUAGCUCAACUGUGAAUGCAUCCAGGAGGCCAUGGACAACUGCUGAUAACAGUGGGGCUGGGAUAAGGAGGACGAGAGCUGUAAACAGGCCAAUUCCCAUCAACUGUAAGCUGGGGGCCUGGUCACAUUGGACUCCUUGUAACUCCUGCACAGACAAAAAGUUCCGUUUCCGAUAUUUAGAGAAGCCCUCACAGUUUGGUGGCACUGAGUGUAUUGAGACACUGUGGGAGAGGCUGGCAUGUCCCACAGCAACCACACAGUGUCUGGUGCCAGAUUACUGUGGAGAGAGCUUCACCUGCAAAGAAACUGGGCGCUGCAUCAGCCAGUCCCUUCGCUGUAAUGGAGAGCCAGACUGUGAGGAUUCUUCUGAUGAAGACGGCUGUGACAACUUCAACAGGAGAGACGACAAGUGUUCCACCCUCAUGCCAAUCCCUGGUGCUGAACGUGGCACUCAGGGAUACAAUGUCUUGACUGGAGACUUUGUGGAUCACAUAAUUGACCCGAGGUACUUUGGAGGAAAGUGUGAAUAUGUCUACAAUGGUGAAUGGAGGAAAUUCAUCUAUGACUCAUUCUGUGAGAACCUGCACUACAAUGACGACGAGAAGAACUACAGGAAACCUUACAACUACCAUACCUACCGUUUUUUGGCUCAAGCUACAUCAGAGGGCUCUCAGGAAUACUAUGAAGAUAUGCUGAGCCUGCUGAAAGCAAGGAAAAGUAUGAGUUCUUCCAAUGUUGGUUUCACAGUUGGGAUCUAUUAUGUGGAAGCGGGACUGAGUACAAGUGAGGAAUCUGAGUUUCUCCGGAACAUAACGCAGUAUAAAAGUCAGGACCUAGGGUUUGUUAGGCUUUGGUCCAAAGUACAAACAGCCCACUUCAAAAUGAGAAGCAAUAAGUUGAUGCUUCAUGAAGAUUUCUACGUUUCACUCAUGGAGCUCCCCGAGCAGUAUGACUUUGGGAUGUACUCCCGCUUCUUCAACACGUUUGGCACCCACUAUGUCACAGAGGGAACUAUGGGAGGAACGCUUGAAUAUGUUGUGGUUGUCAACAAAACAUCUAUGGCAGAAUCAAACCUUGAGGGUGAACAAGCUGGUAGAUGCCUUGGUGCCUCUAUUGGUUUGAGCUUUCCCAUCAACAGCUAUGGAACAGCAGAAUUCAAAGUGGGUGGGAAAACAUGCAAUAAAAAAGGAAGGUUUGAACAAGUCAAGGACUCUAGUUCAGCUGUGAUUGAGGACAUCGUUACUCUAGUGAAGGGGGGAAUCACAGACAGCAGCAGUGGCCUAUUGGCUAUAAGGAGCCCAGACACAUACAGGAAAUGGGGAGCCACUCUCAAAUACAACCCAACACUCAUUGAAUAUGAGACAAUGCCAGUUUAUGAGCUAGUGCGCCUCAGCACAGCAGCUGACCAUGUAGGUGCCAGACUGGCCAACUUGCAGAGGGGCUGGGAUGAGUAUCUACAGCAGUUCGACUCAUGUCGCUGCGCCGCCUGCAGACACAACGGGAUCCCUGUCCUCAUGGGUACCUCCUGUAAAUGCAUCUGUGAGUCAGGCUACCAGGGAGAGGCCUGUGAAGAGACUCUCAGAAGAGAUACCAAGACAGAUGGGUCAUGGUCAUGCUGGGGCGCCUGGUCAUCCUGUGCAUCAGGGAGGAAGACUCGGACAAGAACCUGUGAUAAUCCUGCACCUGACAGGGGCGGAGCAGCCUGCCUGGGCUCCUCCUCUCAGACUGAACACUGUUAGAGUGACAUUUUCCUCAAACUUAGAUGCUCUUAAGUGGUAAUUCAGAAUCAUCUAGUGUUUGUUUUUUUAUUAAUAAAAACUGCUCAUUUAAAAUCCUUAUGUCAUUAUCUGAGAUUUCAAAUUUAAUGUAAUUUUUUUCCAAAAUAAUUUAAAUUUAAGGCAGACCUAACUAUGUAUCUGUUAAUGUUUUCCUGUCUGGACUUUUUUGAAGCACAGUUAAACAGUUUUAAAUGUAUGGGACAUUUCUCUAAAUUGCCUCCAAUGUGAAGGUUAAAAUUGGGUAGCAGAAUCUGAAUCCACAUCAGUGCAGACAUACAUCUUGAAAUGACAGACAUAAUGUGAUAUUCUAAAUAAAAUAAUCAUUGACGAUA